AUGCCCCCGGGCCCUCGCCAAGCAGGUGGCAGCGGCAACGGGGGCGGCUACGGCGCCAGCGCCAGCACCAGCAGCGGCAGCAGCACUAGCACCAACGGCACCAGCACCACCAGCACCACCAGCACCAAAACCACCGGUACCAGCACCAGCACCGCCGUCCCUGCGCCCCUCAAUCCCCACAAGAGGCGCCGCCUCCAGUUCACCUCGGAACUGCCCGUCACCAUCCCGCGCUGGAACCCGGACGGCACAGAGACCCAGGAGUGGCUACGCUACCAGUCCAACCUCCGCCUCAAGUCGAAAUGGGACUCCAUCUGCCAGAAGUUCUCAAACGCACACCUCCUCCCGCAGGACGAGAUCCACCUCGGAGACGAGCGGAAGGGCGAGGAAAUGAGGGUCAUCAAGGACCGCGGCAUCCUCCGCCAGGUCACCGAACCCAUCGAGUUUGGCAUGUUCCACAUCCGCGACCAGGACCUUAAACACGUCAGAAUCGUCGGCGGCCGCCCAAAGGACAAGCGCAGCGUCAAAGGCACAGACGGCGACUCGAGCAGCGAAGACGAGCUCGCCGAGUGGACCCACACCGUCCAGUUCUCUCGCAUCGCCAGGCCGCCCACCGCCGCGCCCAGCAACCGAAAUCGCAUCGCCGUCACCGCCAACGGCCACGACGAUGCGGGCUCACAGGACGCACAGUUGGCCGAGUUCCUCGAGGCAGAGGCUCGCAGGCGUGCGCUCGUUGACCAGCACAGCCUCGACAGCGGCGAAGACGAGAGGGACGAGGAGGAUGAGGACGACGACGAAGACGAAGUCUACGACUUUGCCGAUCCCAACUGGGACAAGGGGCUCGCCAGCCCCCUCGAUGAUCCCGAACCCAUCCCGAGCUCGAACCGCGACCCUUCGCCGACGUCGUCUGCCGACGAGUUCGACAUCAUAAGCGCUAUGAGCGAUCCGGAAGAGGACGCCUUUGAUCGCUGGGCCUCGGACAAGCGCCAGAACGUCGAGGACGUCUUGACGGCCCCUGAGCCGUUUGCCUCGAUCCCGUUUGGCGACAUGGAUGGGCUGGCGGAAUGCAUCGAGCGUCAUCUAGCCGAGCAGGCGCCGCCGGACUUUAGACGACCCAUUGGAAAUGGACUCUUACCCUCUGAUGCCGUCAUCUUCGCCACGGGCGCAGCCGACGAGGGCGACGUCAGCCUCGUCGCUGGACAUGCAGACGACGCCUUCUUCGCAGCGCAGAAAGAAGCAGCAGACGCCACGCAGGCAGACGCCCGCGCCACUGCAAAAGGCAGCAGCCACGCCUCGGGCCAGCAUCGCCGCAGCAACCUCGCGCCCGGAUUCAGCCUCGACACCGACACCUACACCAACACCGAUACCAACGCCGACACCAACGCCGACGCCGACGAAGCUGACGCCGUCGAGGCGGAGCAGGAAGAAGACGGUGACCGCAGCUGCAACACCAUUGGCCGCCGACUUGAACGACGACAACGGCGAUGGCGAUGA